AUGUCAUUGCUCGCUGUCAUUCCCGGUCAUGGAGAUGAUGAAUUAUGCGUGGGGCAGAUCUAUAUACUGUCCAUUCUCAACACUAAUGAAGUCCUGACUGCUGGUGAUUACCAGGAUCUGAAAUUAAGGCCAUUCGACAAUAGUCGCAAUCAGAUGUGGCGACUUGAUCCACAUGUUGAGAACAGACAGACAUUCGCCAAUGUCGGAACCGGCCACUCUCUUGGCGUAAACCGGACGCGUGGCUAUUUCUGUUGUAAAUGGGACAGCUAUGGCCCAGGAGAGCAGUUUACAUUCAUCCCUCAGAAAACCGGUGGCUACCGCGUCUAUAAUCAUCAGGGCACCCGGCCAGCAUUAGUCACACGGCAAGGGGACGAGGAUUUCCUUCGAACCACGACACUUGGAAAUGCUUUUGUAACCAUCGGUGUUCACUGUGCUGAGUAA